ACUGUAAGUCUGUAACUGUCCCUGGAUGAGUGCUAUUGUCAAAUACACAUCUAUUUUCAUUCCUUUUCACACAUCUCCGGGAAAACCCUUCCGACGGCGAUUUAUAACCACCACCAUAACCGUCCACAGAACCCUGCUGCAUCGACAUCGACAUCGACAUCGACAUCGACGCCCCAAGCACCAGAUGGAUAUGGAUAUGAAUAAGGAUAAGCACAGCGAAGUAGAGAUUGAAAGUCACGUGCACUACAACCAUACCCUUCCCUCAAAAUACGUCAGAUGGACCGCUAGGGAGAGCUUCCAAUUCAUGUAUGCAAGGCCCUGGCACCCAGUCAACGAUUUUUAUCUCAAUAUUGUUCGUGGCACCCACUCUUUUUCAAUUCUUUUUGGCCCUCAGACAGUUCUUGGUCAUAAUGAUCCUGGAAUUCCAGCACUUUCUGAUGAGACUGAGUUGGAAAGUGUUUCAUCCGAAGAUCGCCAUGGAAGGUGGGCAAGAGUAACUUUCAAAAUUGUUCUUUCAUACCACGGGGCUUCUUUUGAUGGGUGGCAAAAGCAACCAGGAUUGAGUACCGUUCAAAGUAUAGUAGAAGGUUCACUUGGCAAAUUUGUUGAUGAAAAGAAAACUCAACUGCUCAAGGACAAAGGUUUGCCUGUUGAAGGCUGUGCUGUUGUUGCAGGUCGUACUGACAAAGGGGUGACAGCACUUCAACAAGUCUGUUCUUUCUAUACUUGGAGGAAGGAUGUUAAACCAAGAGAGGUUGAGGAUGCAAUCAAUAGUGCAGCACCCGGAAAACUUAGGGUCAUAUCAGUUUCUGAGGUAUCCCGUGCCUUUCAUCCUAAUUUCUCAGCCAAAUGGAGACGUUACCUUUAUAUUUUCCCUCUCACUGAUGGAGACUACAUGGACCAAAGUGGUGGAAAUGAGGACUUAUGUGCCAAUAACGGAUGUAAUGGUAUUCAUGAUUCUGCCAACAAGGAUGAGCUAGAAAGUGAACAGAAAUCUUAUGUGUUCAGUGUAAGAAAGGUAAACCGGCUUCUGCGACAAUUAGAAGGAAAAUUGUUAUCCUACAAGAUGUUUGCCCGUGAUACAAAAGCUUCAAGAAAUGAAGGUCCACCAACUGAGUGUUUUCUUUACCAUGCGAGAGCUAUGGAGAUAAGACUGGCUACUGACUACAAUGAAGAAACACGGGUUAUGUGCGUUGAGCUGGUAGCUAAUCGCUUUUUACGCAAGAUGGUUCGAGUCCUUGUGGCAACCUCAAUUAGAGAAGCUGCUGCUGGUGCUGAAGAUGAUGCCUUGCUGCAGCUCAUGGAUGCCACGUGCCGGCGUGCCACUGCUCCACCAGCACCCCCUGAUGGACUAUGUCUAGUUGAUGUAGGGUAUACAGAAUUUGACGGCACAAAAUGCUUCGUCCCCAAAGAGUAGACCUUUUUCCCCAAGUCGUCGAAUCUUUCAUUUAAUGGAAACAAAUUCAUUAGCCUUAUAGAUAUAUGUCCCCGGUAUACUAUUACCCUUAUACAUUUUAUCAUUUUGUGAGUAAAAGUAAAACGGCUCCAGUAAUUAUGAUUUAUGAUACAUUUAACGAUGAUUCAGUUUGGAUCAUCAGUGUCACAAGUCCAACCAAUUUGAAAUAUAUAAUGAUUUGAAUUGAAUUA